UGCUCCAGCGGCUAUAAAAUCCGGCAGGGGAACGGAUGCUCUGGCAUUAGGCACAGAGAGCAGGGCCUUGGCGAGAGGCAGGGAACCCGCAGGGCUCCUGCCCUUCCUGGUGUCUCACACCAGUGGCUGGGAUCCCUGGGGAAUGCAGGCGGCAUUAAACACAGAGCACUAAAUACCACUGCUGAAGGCAGGGGGUCUUCUGCAGAGGAAGCUCUGCUGGGCCAGCAGAAAAGGGCUCUUCUGAGCAUCCCCUAGAGAACCUGCUGGACUUGUGUCGGCAGAAAAGGGCUUUUCUGAGCAUCCUCUAAAAGAACCUCCUGGCCAGCAGCAUGGAGAGGAGGCUGGGUGAGCCAUCAGGGAAGAUGAAAGAAAGGGAGGAGAGAGGAAAGAGAGCCCACAGAGACUCCUCCCAAGAGGUGCUGGAAUGGAGGGAGUCUUUUGACCAGCUCCUCAAGAGCAAAAGUGGGGUAAAUGCAUUCCACACCUUCCUGAAGACUGAAUUCAGUGAGGAGAACCUCGACUUCUGGCUGGCAUGCGAGGACUUCAAAAAGACCCGGUCAAAAACCAAGCUGGCCUCCAAAGCCAACAGGAUCUUUGAGGAGUUUGUCCAAAAUGAGGCGCCCAGGGAGGUGAAUAUCGACCAUGAAACCAGGGAGAUCACCCGCAAGAACCUCUCGGGGGCCACCUCCGCCUGCUUCAACGAGGCACAGGCCAAGACACGCACGCUGAUGGAGAAGGACUCCUACCCCCGCUUCCUGAAAUCUGCCUCCUACCAGGACAUGACCAAGCAGGCCGCCAGCCGUGGCACCAGCAAGCGCUCGCACACCUGACCCGAGGCGCGCGGCGUGCCUGGGGGACGAGCCAGGGGGCCAGGCACAGGGUGGGACGCGGUUUGUGAGGGCUGAGGCCCUUGUGGCGGGGUUCUGGCUGAAGUUGUGGAAUUUUAGCAGGAUCCUCAGCACCCUGAGUGCUUCCCGGAGCUGCCGGACCCACAUUCCUCCCUGCCCGGGGGUGGGAGCCCGGAGCCUCCCCUCGCAGCUCAGCCGGAGACCUUUGCCACUGCGGACACGGAAACGAAUCGGGUUUGAGCUGCGAGUGCAGCUCAAACCCAGCUCAUUCAGAGAUGGGAUUCCCCUGAGCACCCACAACCGAAGAGCUCCCACCUGCUCUCUGACCAACAGCAGCAGCCACCAGCUGCGCGGCCAGCACAGGACCUGCCACUCCCGCUCGCAGGGAAUGGCCAGGAUAAAAGCCCCAAGACUAUGUGGCAAUUUCAGCUGGAGGGAUCCUGAGCCUGCCUUCUCCUGAUCCCAAGAUCCUCCAGCUGUGUCCUAUGCAUGCUCUGCAUCAAAGCUUUCCACCUCCUUCCUGUGCAGUGACGUUUUUAUCCCUCGCUUGAGCUCCACAACCUUCAGAUUGCACCUAAUCUUAGGUUCACAUGCGUGACGUUUUAUCCCCGUUAUUGUUAUUUAUUUCAUCAUUGUUAUUGUCAUUAUAGCUAUAUUUAUUAGAGGAGCACUUCUGAAAGCACAUGCGUGUAUCCCUUGCUCUGAGGAGCUUGUAAAUUAAAUUAUUUUAGCUGUUGUAGCACUUAGCAUGCCUCCCACCUUUUCUGUGUAAUAACUUGAGAGGACCAGACAGAUUUGUAGCACAAUUUUGGAGCAAGGUACACCAGUAGCAGCAGGGAGAGCUGCUAGAGAGUUUGGAUGGCAGUGCAAGGAUGCCUUGCAGCUCAUGUUGUUCCAUCUCUCCCCUUAAAGAUGUGGAAGGCAUCUCAGCAGCUUGUCCUAGGCAGGGAACAGAGAAGUCAAACAGGCACUUUGGUGAGCAGCUCUAUGGAAAACUUGAUUUUCACACAUGGGAGAGAAAACUCAGGGCUUUGCCUGGGUUUAUGAUUGGGCUUGGUGUUCCCUUGGAUGGUGAAACCAGUCUGCAGCCACAGCACUUUACCAGAAACCCGUCAAGUGAGCGAAACCAUCCCGUGAAUUCAGUGACUUGGGGGUGGCAGGACACAUCACCAGCCCAGAACUGGGGGCAGCUCUUCAGAAAGUCUCUCUCAGCAGGAAUUUUGGGGUCCUGGAGAGGUGGGGGUCCCACUUGGCAGCAGUGGUGGGUGGGUGGGUGAUGUGGAGCCUGUGCUGGGUCCUGGGGAAUGUGCCACCAGCACUGCUCCCUGCUGAGGGCUGCUUUCCAGGGCUCUGUUUAUCCCCAAAGACCAAACCUGGAGAUCCUUAUCCCACUGGUACUCACUCCUUGCCAAGGGAACUCUCUUUUGCCCCCUGUCUCAGCAACAUCCAGAGCACAGCAUCCUUUGGGCUUUCCACAGCUGCUUGAGCAGAGCAAGGGACCAAAGACCAGGUUGGGGAUAUUACUCCAAGUCCUCUUCCACCACUCCCAUCCUGGUCCCACCUCUGAGCCCCUGGCUGUUGUCCUGGCUGUGUUUACAGGGAGAUAUCAGCUGCUUUCUUAUUUAUUAUUUAUUUUUACAACUGGAACCACCUUUGCUGUGUUACUGAAGCGAGCAAUGCACAAUGGUCUGUUGCCAUUGCCGACGUGACGUUGUCAUUACAAAAUAAAAUAAAAUAAAACGUAAGCAGCAAAAUA